ACCAAGUCUACCUUAGAAUUUUCCAUGAAAUUGAAGAUUUUAAUCAAAGAAAAAUGUUCCUUACCAAUGGAUGGUGAUGUUGUUCUGUACAUGGUUAACCACUUUGAUGACAAGACGAUCACCCUCCCUUGCUACAAUGCGAGGUCCUGGAAACUGACCAUUGACAGUGACCAUGCUCUUGGUGUGGCAUAGCCGUGUUACAUUUUGGUACUUAAUCUGCAUCAGGAAGCCUUUUACAUUAGAUAAAGUGCAAACAGUGAAUGGGAACAUGAAUGCUAAAGGCAUAUUCAUGAAACUUGAAAGUUAGCUAUAAGAUAAUGAGAAGUACAUCAAAAUGGUAGUGCCUGGUAAUGCCCCCCUCUGCAAACUGAGGGAUGAGAAUCACUGAGAAAAGAAGGAGUGCUGGAAAUGCAAAUGAUUGAAGAGGUACACCCAUUUUUCUCUUUUCAUACAGAAGUUAAUGAUGGCUUUGGGAGAGUGGCAGAGAGCAGGUUUUGCCCUUUUAGUCUGAACCGUGGAUGCAGAGGAGGGUCAUGGGUUGGCAAUAUAAAGAAGAAUGAGACAACGUUGUUGUUCAAUUAGGUGAUGCAAAACCACAUGUUUCACACAGAAGCUGAAAUCUAGAAGAGCUAAAUUACUACAUUCUAAUGUUUGCAGCCCAACCAAGGUGUCAAUUCAUUGAAGCUGCAAAUGUCAGAACGUAUGGUAAACAGACAUGCCAAAAGUGAAGCUUGCGAUUGAGAAGGCAUAGGCCAUUGGUUAGAUGUAAUUGUCUCAACAGAAGUUCUUGGUUACAAAGCAAUAUUUGAAAUGAAGGACAUAGAAGACGGCUUUCUGUUCUCUCUAUCAGGCAGUCCCUUUUAGAGAAAACUGAGAAAAUGGGAAAGAGCUGUGGAGGGCCAUGCUUUCUCUGUUUCACUUUGCUUUUGGUUCCUCUUCUCCAAGCUGAGCAGACCUUUCCUUCAGAAAACAAGAAAAAUUGCACCUACGUGAUCACCAUAGAAACAACAUGCACGGUGGGAGCUGAAACUUCGAACCAUGUGAGCCUAAGAUUUGGAGACACCAAUUCAAAUGACAUAGUGGUUCGUCACCUCAACUCCAAGCACAUUAAAAAAGUGGACCCAUUGGAGCCUGAGGUUCUUGACGAUGUACCCAGAAGGCCCUUUCAGGCUUGCAUGGUGGACCAGUUUCUGGUCACUGCUCCAUGCGUGGACUCCCCCAUCUGCUACCUCUACCUCAAAAUGAUCGGCUCCGACGACUGGCGGCCAGGCUUUGCACAGGUCCGGGUGCUCGGAAGGUCUCAUCUGAGCUCCAACUUGUUCCAUCUCCGGCGAUUUAUGCCGAGACAUGUGUGGCAUGGUGCCGAUGCAUGCGACAGAGAAGUUACUCCGUUUGGUCUCAGGAAGAGAAAGGCGUAUGUCAAAACUCCUUAGCUUGUGAAACACACUAUUUUCUUUUUUCUUUUAACAAAUACUAUGAAAAAAGAAACACUAACCACUAGUGGUUUAAUUAAUGCAAUUGAUCUUCAUA